UUUAGUAUUCUUUCAGAUAAUGUCGUGUCUUCGUGUAUCGUUAAUUCAUCAUUUAGAUGUGCAAAUAACUUUCGCAGAUUAGCUACAUGUGUGCUAAUAACUUCUGUUUCGUCGCUUUAGACCUGAAAAAAGAUAUAGAUUUACACUUUUAAGCGUGCCUCUGCGUUGAAAUCGUGCACGCAGUUUGUUCGUUGUUUCUUUAGAAAAUCUUAAGCAUGGCAUUCCACGUAAUAAUAGCUUCCACUGAAUCUUCAAAAAAAAAAAAUCCUUCUGUUAGCGAGCUGACUGAGUAUAAUGCCAGACGCAAAAUAAAUAAAUAAAUUCAAAUGAAUCAUAAUGUAAAUUGCAACCAGGAGGAGCCACGACACUAUAUCCUGAUUUAUAGCUAAGGAAGAUAUCGUAAUUUUAACGGAGCGGUAGCCACUGAACUUAACUAAAGAAAUAAAUUAACAACUAAAUGUUUAACUGUCAAAUGCGUCUUUCUAAUAUAAAUACAACAAUCUCGAUCUGAGAACAUAUACGAAAGGAGAAGAACAAAUGUUACUUUGCUAUGUGUAUACAUUUAAUUUGUGAUGGCUUAAAAGUUUUUACACUAUUUAGAAGCUAGCUAAUCACAUAAAUUAAAAAUAAUGUACAUCUAUGCAGUCGAUAUAUUAAUCCAUAGAUCUACUAACAGCCCGGGAGACUGCGCCGAAAAAGAUCUGUGCGUGCGGGGAGCGGGGGAAAUACGUGGUCUUGUUGUCAAAUAAUAAUCAGCCAUCAUGGUUGAUCGGCGUAGUGUUGUGGAGAACCUCCGCGCUUGCCUCCUUUCCAUAAAAGGAGGCAUAUCAGUGAAGGCUUUAGACCGAGACUACAGAACCUUAGUUGGACAUAGCAUUCCAUACAGAGAACUGGGUUAUUCAUCUUUGGAACAUUUUCUACAGACUGUUGAAGAUAUGCGAAUUUUCACUGGUUCAAAUGGUGAAUUGAUGUUUGAUACCAUCCCUAAAGAAAACACUGCUCAUUUGGCUGCUUUGGUAGCUAAGCAGAAGUCUGCACCCAAAAAACUGAAAUUUCCAUUAAAGAAUGCUGCACCAAGCAGAUCACGAAAUUUUCCACCAGGAAACAAGUGGAAUUCAAAAAAACCUGAAUCGAAGCCUUCCUCUAGAAGACAACCAAUUACUGUCACACUCAGUGGAAAAGGAGCUCACUCAAAUAAUCAGUCAAACUCAGUGGUUCCAUAUCAGUCUGCUGCAGCACCUAUUGUUUAUGAAGAAUUUUAUAUGCCUCAACAACCUAUUACACAGUUAUGUGAAAGCUUCAGCCAGUGUGAGGUGACCCCUUCUGUGUCAACUCGUGUGCGACCUCCCAUUACACCUGCACAGCCUACUGCUGCGCCUGUGCGACCGCCUCAUACACCUGCGAGACCUCCUGUUACACCUCCUAUGACACAUCUUAAAGAAACAUUGCGGAAGGCUAGAAAUAAAGUGCAACCUUCUGUCAUCAUUGAGUCAUUCUUGCCUCGCAGAGGAAGUGGCUCUGAGAAGCUAUACACAGAUAAACUGCGUGAAUAUGCUGUGCAGCAAGGCCUGGGGGAACCAUCAUACAAAUUAGUACCUCGUAAACCAAAAGGAGAACCAUUUGUUUAUAGUUGUGUUGUGAAGGUUGGUGAUGAGAAUUUUAAUAAUUAUCCUGAUGAGAAAAGUACACCAGAGGAAGCAGCAGAGUCAGUUGCAAAAUUGGCUGUACUGGAAUUAACAAAACUGAAUAAAAGCCUUUCAGCUCAGAGCGGUACUACUACUGACAGAAAUGUAAUUAUAAGAAGAGUUAGCCAGAUAGUUAAAGAUUACGAGAGUGGACUGUUCAUUACACAAGUUCCCGUGGAGUAUACAAAAAGGCAUAGUGAAUCUCUUCCUGACAACUGGGAGAAAAUAAUUAGUAACUGCCCAACCAUAUCCAUGGAUACGAUAGCAGGAAAGACAAUUCUGUGGCCAGUACAGGCUUCACAAGAAACACAGCAACAGACGACAUUCCAACCCCAGACUGGAAGUACUAAAGUGGAGAAACAAGCAGUGCCUCCCCUUAUUGAGUUUCCAGCAGACAAGAUUUGGGAUGUAUAUGUUACGAGUGCAGUAUCUACAGAUGAAGUGUGGGUUCGCCUUAUUGGUGAGAUGUAUAGUGAUCGCUUUGAAAAAAUGGCUAGUGAAAUGGAAGAUUUCUACAGCCAAAAUAAGAUGACUGCUCUCAAUCUAAGAGAUGGUUCAUUUUAUGCCAUUGAAUCUGAUGACUGCUGGCACCGUGUAGAACUUCUGGAAGUAAAUGGAGAUGAGGCAUCUGUGUAUUACAUUGAUCAUGGUGAUGAAGACACAGUACCAUGUGAUAAACUUUGCGUGUUGGAUCCUCAAUUCGCAGCUCUACCCCAACAGGCUGUUGUAUGUAGUCUAGCAGGCAUGGAGGAGUUUCGUGAUGAAGCAUAUGCAGUAAGUUUGUUGGAGAAGAUGGUAAUUGGUGGAACAUUUGUUGCUGAAGUAGAACCAAAUGCAGAAAAAGUUGCACUUGUGCUGUUUGAUACAAGCACCGAUGAAGAUGUAAACAUGAACCAGUUGUUAAGUAACAAGAUACGUCAACAUCAGUUCACUCCAGAACUGCCUCAGGUGGACACAGUGAAGGAUGUUUUCAUUAGUAGUAUAGCUCAUAAUGGAGAUGUCCAUAUACAGAUGAGUUUAAAACCUCUAGAUUAUAUAACUAGUCAAAUACAAUCAAUUUUAGAAGCAGCUGUGAAUGAGUAUCUGCCCAAAGCCUCAGAAGUCAGAAGAAAAGCAGAUGACCUAUAUUUAGCUCCUUAUGCUUCAGACAAUUCUAUGUACCGUGCAAAAAUUGUGGAGGAGUACCCUGCAACAAAUGAGGCAGACAUCAUAUUUGUUGAUUAUGGUAACGUAGAGCGAGCCCGUCUUGACAGUCUUAUACUUCUGGAAAAUGUAGAUGAUGAACUGAAGAACAUUCCAUAUCAGGCUAUUAAGGUGAACAUGCACAAUUUACCAUCAUCAGUAUUCAACGAAAAGGUUGCAAAUCGACUUCUGGAGCUUGUACCUCAGACAGAUACUGUGCUCAUGAAAGUUAUAACACCAGGCACUGACACAGAAGCACCUACAGUGGAGCUCUUCAAACGGUUCACAGAUGAAAAACUAUUAGUGUCGAUCAACAACACACUAGCAUUGGAUCCAGACUUAAUAAGGUCAUCUGAAACAAGUUCUGGUACAGAUCUGCAACGUAAGAAACGUGCGGAACGUUCUCAGUCUGUACCAUCCACAGGGAAAAGUCCAGAUGAACGUUACAGUGAAACUGGUGUUGUCCAUACUCCUGGAAUACCACCACCAUUAAUACCGAAAGUCAAUACUGUGUUUGAUAUUCAUGUAACAAUGGCUUCAAACCCCAGCAACUUUAUGGUACAAGCUUAUGAAAACCUUGCAGCACUUGAUGAAAUGAUGGACAAACUCCAAGAGAGGUACAAUGAAAUUGGUGGGGGCUCAGUUCCACAAAGUAUAGUUGAGGGAGAAUUUUAUGCAGUUCUUCAUUCUGACCAGCUCUGGUACAGAGGCAAAGUCAUAAGCGUUAUGAGCGAUUCAGUAAUUUCUGUGUACUUUUGCGACUAUGGUGAUGUCUCAGUCCUCUCCCGUGAAAAGUUCAGACUGCUGGCAGAUGAAUUUAAGACUCUGCCACAUCAAGCAAUAAAGGCAAAAUUAUGUGCUGUAAAACCAAUUCAUGGAGACUGGUCCGUGGAGGACUGUCUGUUGUUCCAGAGCUUGGUGGUGGAGAAACAGUUUCCAUCUUUGGUUUUGGAUACAGGUCCAGAUAUUGUAAAUCCUCAUGAUACUGUUCUGGGGUUAAAGUUAAUAGAUACGUCAGGAGAAAAAGAUUUUUGUAUUGAUGAUUUGCUUGUAAAUCAGAACCGUGCCGUACUUGUUUCCAAGGAGCAUCUUUAAAUAUGCAUUCCAAUUUAUGUCUAUGUUGCUCAGAACUUGCAUUAGGAUGCAGUUAGUAUUUAUAUCAGUGGUUGACAUAUAAUACUUGAACUGCAGAUUCUGACUGAAAAUAAUGUUGCUCACAAAACUUCCAUUAUUUAUGUUUACUUGUUAUGGUAAAUAUGGAUUGUAAUGAAGUGCGUAGUUAUUUAUUAUUUCUGUAAUGAGAAUGUAAAACUUUAUUUCCUGUUUAACCUGUUUUCAGUAUAUGUUAUAUGGUUAUGACCAGUUUGUGUGGAAUAUAUCAUUUGACUUCGUGUUUCCAUUUUUACUGAAAUAUUGAAGGUUGGAAGGAGUUUCAGAAAGAUCAAAGCAUUCUGUGUUUUGCUUGAAUCUUUAUUUCUUUAUUAAACACUUUGUCAUAACUGAAUUUUGUCCUGUUUGCAAAUCUUUUCCUUGUUUGGAAUGUUAAUUGUUUCAAAAUGUUACAUUUAAAACAAGUGAAUAACUGGUCAAGUGUGAAAUAAGAAUUAAACCAGCUAAGUGUGGAUGUACAAGUGAACAGUGAAAAUUAUGAAUUAUUGUGAAACAGAGCACAUUAAACAACAGAAAGGUAAAGCUAGGGAAAAGUAACAAAAUUAGAUAUGAGCCACCCAUAAUUUUAAUGCAGCCGACAUGUUACAUUCCUUGUUGGGGGAAAAAUAGAAUUCAGUUAGUGCAAAGUAGAAAUUGAAAACAGCAAAUCCAGGGCAUUGGUCACUACCAAGGAUGACUAGAAGGCACCUUAACUGACAUUAUUUUCAUGUGUUUAUCAUUAUCACACACAACCUAUUUCAUAAAUACAUUUAUUUAUUUAUUUUAAUUGCUCGAUUUCUGUCGUUUAUGGAACAACGAACCAAUAUUUUAUAUUGAGUUGGCUGCCGCAUAUCUCCUAGUUAUAGUAUCAGAUGUAAGACAUUAAAAUGCUCCAGCUAUACAGCACAUUAAAACUUUUAUCAAUUUGGGUCUUCCAUAUAAGUACCAAAUAGCGAAAUUUUAUUAACGUGGAACUUUCUUCAGUUUGUAUGGGAGAAGCUAAUGGCAAACUGAAGCUUUUGACUGAGUCCAUAAGGUUUACUAGGAUUGUUAAAUUGGUAGUACAUAUAUCCUUCUUCUUCUUCUUCUUCUUCUUCUUCUUAUCCCCCCCCCCCCCCCCCCCCCACAUGGAAUCCUUUAUACUGUGGAACUGACAGAACGGCUUACUAAUUAGGAAUUUCUCUUUCCACCAGUAGCACACUGCUGUUGUCCUGCUUACUUUCAGGCUCUUCGUUGUUCCGUUUAUUUAAGGUUGUCUUCUAUUCAUUCACUCAAAUCUCUAUUCUACUUGUGAAUGCUCUUGGGAAAUACUGAGGCAUGCUUUGCCUUUAUAGUAGCUAGAAAAUUUAUACUCAUUUUGAUUUUAGCUCGUGGAAAAAUAAUUAUUUUGUAAAUCCCAAUUUUAUUUUGUUUAUGUGGAUUGUCCAGGAAAACAUUACUGUUUCUUGAGAACCUGAUCGUGAUUUACACUUAUUGUGAGUCAAAAACAUUUUAUAUUUCCUUGACUUUUUAUCUUUCAUUUGUGAAUUAUAUUUCUACUGUGUUUUAUUUGAGUCAUAUGAGCUGUUAAACAAUUGUUUUCUGUCUCUAGGUAAUGAAAUGUGAUAUUUUGUAUUUACUUGUACCAAAGUAUUAGAUAUUCGUAAAAUGUAGGUUAAAAUGAGAUUUAACGUUUGCUGCAAUUUGUACUUUAUGUACCAAUAGACAUUCUGUGAAUGGAGAAUUCACGGAAGGAACAAAAAUAAACACACAAGAGAUACAAUAUGUAGUAAAAAUUCUGUAUGGUUUAGCAGUUACCUUGCCGGUUUUCUAUUAUUGUAAGAUUCCCCCACAUACGAACGAUAUUGUCAUUUACGUAGCUCUCCUAAUUUGGAUUGCAUUUUCAAAGCAUUUUGAGUGGCAGUAUAAUGUUGAUAUGUUGGUCGUAGGACAAGACUUGUAAGCCAAAUCUGUUACCAAGUCUUGCUUUUACAAUAUGGAAAAAUAAAAUGUGUAGUUGAGUAGUGGUUUGAAUAAUGUUGCAUAUUUCUGAUUCUGUACUAACACCACUCAGAACAGAUGAUCAGUGAUGUGGAAGCUAAACUGGAGUCGAUCAGGUUUCAGCAAAUGUAACCCUCUUACAGAGAGAUUUUUUAAAACAGGAUAGGUUUAUACAGUUCUUUCGUAAGUGUAAGUUGUAGCUUUGAAUAAAUGAACAUCGAAGUAUGUAGACAGGGUUGAGGGAGAACAUUGCUUUUUAAUUAUGUCUUCAUUAAAAAAUGUUCUUUGUCAUGUGUAUGUUGGUGUCCAUCUAUACAAUUUUUAGUCUUAUGGACAUCUUCAGUCUUCUGCCUGCGGGGGCUGUUCCUGUUAAACAAAUGCUUGCCAUUUUGUUUCAUAUAUUGCAUUUUUUACGAGAACUUCUACAUAAAGUAUAUUUAUGUGUUCAUCAAAAGUAACAUAAUGAAUAUCAUAUUUAUUAUGUUGUUCAUGGACCUAUGCUAGUGAAUGUUUUGAAAUUUUUGUAUUCCACUAUACUAUUUAUUUUUGUUAAUUAGAGAUACUUAUCAUUGACUACCAUUGAUUGUUCCUAAGUGCAAGGGUGUUCUGUUAAGCUUUAUAUUAUUAUUAUUAUGUAUUGGAAAUGUAACUUUUAAGUUCUGUGUUAGCUGUUUGCCUUCAUAUCUUUUAGCAUAUGUUGGGUAACAUUUUUUUGUAGCUUUAAGAUACUAUUUUUAAAUAAAGUAUAUUGUUGACAUACAUAUUUUUACAUAUUUUAUUUUCUGAAGCCAAUUGCGUCACACAUAUUAUUGUUUUUAGUAUACAUUUAUCAUUGUGCCAUCUUUGAUGAAGAUCGAGGUGAACUUAAAACGUGUGGUUUUACAGUAACUGCACAAAAUAAUAUAGUGUACCAUUCAUUUUUAUCUGACACUCCAGAAUCAAUUCAAGCUCAAGCAAUCAGUUUUUCUUGCUGUUGUCUUUUUAAUUAAAAAAUAAAUAAAUGAAUUUGGUUCCCAUACAAAUUUUCAGGUGCAAUCAAGUUAUAACAUUUCCAUUUUUCCCCCCUCUAAAUCUAAUUGCACGAAAACUUGUCACUUCUUGACAUAAUCUCCCUGCAGCUAUACAAAUUUUUCAGGUUGAUACCAUAACUCCAUGGCCAUUGCGAAUACUUCUUUAGGGGUCUGGGGUAACGACUGGAAAAUUGAGUCCCUGUCUCGUCCAUUGUCACAAUAAAUAAAAAGGAAGUCCCAUUCAUGCUGCCCUAAAGCAUCAACUUUGCCUGCAACAUACCGUGUGCACGAACUUGUGAACAUCGAUCAGCAGUCAUGGCACCCACCUGGAGAACACUUUUUGCCAUUUUAAGUGUCAAAAACAGUCCUCACUCUAGCUACUGCUGCUAGAUUUCUGUAUGUGUUUGAAACUGCCAUCUCUGUCACACAUUCAUGAGUGCUUGCACGUUUAAAAACAAAUUGCAUCUUUCUAUCUUUCUCCAGCACUCAGGAAAAAUAAAAGUCAAGUGUUAAAACUUGAGUACAUUUCAUACUCACUCAGAUUACAUAAUAGCCAUUUAUUGCAUUCCCAACCCUUUUCUACCUGCUCUGUCAAUGCACUUAAACAUUCAUCUUAAAUUUUUUUAUUUGAAAACUGUGGUUCAACCUCAUGCAGCUGUUUAUCUCAUGACACAUGGAAUAUUACAUUUCAAGACAUGUAUGUGUCGAUGUAUUCCCCACACUGAAUUGCACAUAAAAUGUAAUUUCUCUCAAGAAUGAGCAACACUGACUAAUCUGUAGAUAUCACCAUGUUGCAUUUUCUGAUCCACCUAAAGUUUCCUUAAGAAUUACAAGGAAGAAGAGCCCAGACAGUGCCUCUGUUUAAAUACUCCAAUUACUCAUAAAAAAUUGUUUGUUUAAUUAGUCUUCAUUUGUAGGCAAGAAAAUUUGCUGGGGCUAGGACUAUAGUUUACUGUGUUCAAGAGUUAUCAGUGGUGAGUACAACGUAAUACACACAUUGUGAAGAAUAAGGAUAGUAUGCAUUAGGGCUCCAGUAAAUGUGGAGGGGACAUACAGAGAAAUAAGCAGACAUUAGUCCUUAUUAGAGCUUCCAGAAUUUCUCCCUCGUGCUUCUUUUUUGUGUAAUUGCUGUGCAGCAGAUUAAAUUGGCACAGGGAAUACUGCAUGGAAUGUAACAGAUAAUUGUUUCCUCUAAGCAUGGCCAGGUCCCAACGUUCAUUAAAAUUGUAACUAAUCAAUAAUUAUUUGGCUAAUCAUUUUUUUCCUUAUGAGCAAUAGACCCUUGUUUAUUAAGAUUUUCGCUCUAGUAAAACUGUACCACAUCCUAAUCUGCUUGAAUACCUACAUGAGAAAAGAAUUAACUUUGUAAUAUUGUAACCUUUUUUUCCAGUACUGCUCCUAUCUUUCUUUUGACCAUGUAUUACCUUUUAUCUCCUUUUUACUUUUUUCUGAAAGCUAUGGACAUUAUUUAUCUUUUGUCUUAAUGGUGUACCACCAGUACACGUCUAUAGUUCGGCUGCAAUGAAGCACUAUCCAGCUGCAUUGUUCAUAAGUUAUUUCCUAAUUUGACUAACUUUUAUCGCUUACAGUGGUAGUUGGUACAUCCACUCCCUAUUAUAGUCAUAUACUACUUCGGUGGAUGAUAAUCGAGUAGAUUCUUAGAGUAUUCUGUCUGGAGAGAGUAGUCUUUCUAGUUAUUAAUCAUUUUGUCGCCUGUACCUCUGAAGUCAAGGCUUGCAGUUUUGGUUUAUUGUCAGAUAAUUAUGAUAUUGGCACAGUUCUAUAUGAGCUUUUGUAAUGUGCAGAUGCAAUCAGUUUUAUGUUGUAUGUGACCCUUUGGGUUUAAUUUCGCAAAUGGAGGCAUAAAAAAAUGACUUGAGUGUAACUCCAAAUCUAAACUGAACAAUUGUCUGAAACAACUAAAACUGAAAAAAAGAAGAAAAAGAACAAAAAUAUAGGUUUUUAUGUAAGAUAAUGAAUGCAAUACGUAUAAGAGCUUCCUUGUUGUUUUAUUGUUAUCUGAUAAAGUUACAAUUAAACGUGCCUGUAAAAGAUGUAAAGUUUAAGUUGUAAACAGGAAGAAAUGUCAUUACCAUAAUUUGUGUUGUGAAAUUUAAUUUUGGCCCUUCAUUGCUGUGAAGUAGUAGUCUUUCUGACUUUAAUAUUGUUUAAUUACACAGUAGUUCAAAGUUUAUUUUCAUAAGACUGGUUAAAACAAAUUGUGUAAAAAUGAAUAAAUUAAAUGAAUUGUUACAAUCAGAA